AUGUUAGAUGCUUUAGAUAACUUUGACCGAGCUUUUGGAUCGGUUGAAGCAGAGUCUGAUUUUGAAAAGGAAGUGGAGGCGAAAUACAAAGCGGCUUACGACCUGAUUCUCGAAACGUUCAAAAAACUUGGUGUGGAACAGGUGGAAACUGUUGGAGUCGAAUUUGAUUAUGAAUUUCAUCAGGCCGUGAUGCAGAAGCCAUCGGAAGAAUAUGAGGAGGGCAUCGUCUGUGAAGAGUUAGCGAAGGGAUUCAAACUUAACGAUCAACUAAUCCGCGCCGCCAUGGUUGUGGUUGCAGUUUAG